AUGGCCAGAUCACAAGGAAUUGAUGCGCCCCAGAGCGGCCCAGAUGGACUACUAGUGGUAUCCCUUGACCCAGUAGACAGCAAAGAGGAUAUAAUGGGGUCUUUCACUUCACUGAGGUCUGAUUCUUACUACUUCGAAGUUUCGACAGUAGACGGCUUUAGGGACCUAGAGCUCGCAUAUCCUCUCUUGACAUGA